AAGGAGCACCAGGAGAAGACCAAGGUGAAGAACAUCCAGAGCGUGGAGCUGGGCAGGCACGAGGUGGACACCUGGUACUACUCACCCUACCCUGAGCCCCACGCCUCCUGCAACAAGCUGUACCUGUGCGAGUACACGCUCAAGUACUUCCGCAAGAAGAAGACGCUGCUGCGGCACCUGGCCAAGUGCACGCUGCGGCACCCGCCUGGGGAUGAGAUCUACCGCUCGCCGCCGCCGCCAUCCAACGACCCCAUGUUUGAGGUGGACGGCAAGAAGAGCAAGGUGUACUGCCAGAACCUGUGCCUGCUGUCCAAGCUGUUCCUCGACCACAAGACCCUCUACUACGACGUCGACCCCUUCCUGUUCUACGUGCUCUGCGAGAAGGACGCCCUGGGCUACCACAUCGUGGGCUACUUCUCCAAGGAGAAGAACAGCGCCGAGGGCAACAACCUGGCCUGCAUCCUCACCCUGCCGCCCUACCAGCGCAAGGGCUACGGCCGCUUCCUCAUCGCCUUCUCGUACGAGCUGAGCAAGAAGGAGGGGCGGGUGGGGUCGCCCGAGCGCCCGCUGUCCGACCUGGGCGCGGUAUCGUACCGCAGCUACUGGACGCGCGAGAUCCUCGAGGUGCUUAAGGACCACAAGGCCAGCCUGUCCAUUAAGGACAUCUCGGACAAGACCGCCAUACGCACGGACGACGUGGUGAAGACGCUGGAGAGCCUGAGCCUGAUCAAGUACUGGAAGGGGGACCACAUCAUCAGCGUGACGCACAAGAUUGUGGAGGAGCACCUCAAGACCAUCGCCAACCAGAAGAACAUUGAGAUCGACCUCAACCGCCUGCACUGGACGCCCUACCGCAACGAGCCGCCCAACGCCAAGAAGUAG